AUGACUGCCACGUGACAGACCCACCAGCUGCCACGUCUAGUCGUCUACUACCUUCCCAACCACGUGUAACACUGCAUGCACAUGCACUGUAAUUUACUUUGCUAUAUGUAAGUUUGCCCCAUCACAGAAUCAACCCUGGAUCGGUCACUUGAUCGUGAGCUAAUUGCAUCUCAAGAGAGAGAAAUUUAUAGAGAGAGAGAGAGAGAGAGAGAGAGAGAGAGAGAGAGAGAGAGAGAGAGAAUGGAGGGAAGCAGAGCAACACCACACCCGGAGGUACCAGGCGAGCCGAAGAAGACGACGGCGGCGCUCCGCGAGAAGGCCACGGCCGCCAUUCAAGGGUUCGGUCCCAUUAACAAAAUCCACCAGCAUCUCUCCGCGUUUCACUUUUAUGCUCACGACAUGACUCGACAACUUGAGGCGCACCACUUUUGCAGCCACCAAAAUGAGGAAAUGAGGCAGUGUCUAAUCUACGAUAGCCCCGAAUCCGAUGCCCGUCUCAUCGGGAUCGAGUACAUCGUAUCCGAAGAGCUCUUCCUGACACUGCCCGACGAGGAGAAGCCCAUGUGGCACUCCCACGAGUUCGAGGUGAAAGGCGGCUACCUGUUCAUGCCCGGCGUGCCCGGGCCAAUCCAAAGGAAGGACCUUGAAAAAGUGUGCAAGACUUAUGGGAAGACAAUUCACUUCUGGCAAGUCGAUAGGGGUGAUAAUCUUCCUCUCGGAAUUCCUCAAGUGAUGAUGGCACUUACUAGGGAUGGCCAGCUCUAUGAUCACCUUGCUCAAGAUGUGGAGAAGCGUUACGGGGUGGACUUCAUGGAAGAGAGGAAGAACAGGGCGUACAUGGAGGGUCUCAAACACGGGAUUCAUCCGCUUGCAAAUGCAGCUGGGAAAGGGCUCAGGACUGUGCUGAGGGAGACCGAUUGCAAGCCGCCUCCCGAGUCUGUUCCGAGGGUCUUCGUUUAAGGUUGCAUGUAUAGAUGUACUGUAGAUAGAAAAUCCAGAGGUGUGAGUGCGUGUGUUAUGUACAGAAGGGG